UAUGAUCGUUCUACAAACAGUUGGCGCUCUAAUAACUAUAACAAGUAAAUGGUUUCGUGCGACUAAUCGUGUGCUCAAUCAAAGAAGAAGAAAAAGUGAACUUCCAAAAACAAAAAUGUAUACAAUAUCCAGACAAUGCCAGAGUCCGGCUAAUGGCUUCAGAUUGGCUAAUGCCAUCAAAGUUGUGCUCCUAGUUGUCAUCCUAAUGUGCCAGCAAUGCCAUAUGCAGAGAGUGGAGGUGCCGCCAGAAGCCAUAGUUGAUCCCAAAUUUAGUUCACCGAUUAUGAAUAUGACAGCGCCCGUGGGACGUGAUGCCUUCCUCACAUGCGUCGUCCAGGAUUUGGGACCCUAUAAGGUGGCGUGGCUUCGGGUCGACACCCAGACAAUUCUGACCAUACAAAACCAUGUAAUAACCAAAAACCAACGCAUUGGCAUUGCCAAUUCCGAGCACAAGACCUGGACAAUGCGCAUCAGAGACAUCAAAGAGUCGGACAAAGGAUGGUACAUGUGCCAAAUCAACACGGAUCCAAUGAAAAGCCAGAUGGGUUACCUGGAUGUUGUGGUACCGCCGGAUAUCCUAGAUUAUCCUACAAGCACGGACAUGGUCGUUCGCGAGGGCAGUAACGUGACGCUCAAAUGCGCUGCAACCGGUUCACCAGAGCCGACAAUUACAUGGCGACGUGAAAGUGGAGUGCCCAUCGAGCUGGCCAGCGGAGAAGAGGUUCCCAGCGUUGAAGGCACCGAUCUAAUAAUACCCAAUGUAAAGCGUCAGCAUAUGGGUGCCUAUCUCUGCAUAGCUUCCAAUGGCGUUCCACCAUCAGUGAGCAAGAGAAUAACUCUCAUUGUGCAUUUCGCACCAAUGAUCACCGUACAGAACCAGCUUAUAGGCGCCGUCGAGGGCAAAGGAGUGACAUUGGAAUGCGAAUCGGAGGCCUAUCCAAAGUCCAUUAACUACUGGACACGCGAACGCGGAGAGAUAGUGCCGCCAGGUGGCAAAUACUCGGCAAAUGUCACGGAGAUUGGUGGUUACCGCAACUCCAUGAAACUGCACAUAAAUCCCCUCUCGCAGGCAGAGUUUGGGGCCUAUAGAUGUGUGGCCAAGAACUCCCUUGGCGAUACGGAUGGCACCAUCAAGCUGUACAGAAUACCGCCCAAUGCCGUCAAUUAUGUGGAGAACUUUGAGGCGCGACACAAGGGCAAAAAGCGGACGAAAAGCUCGGAAAUGUAUCAUCCGGCUCGGGCACAGGAGCACAGCGGCGAGGAUAUGGAGAAUCCUGGCAAGAGAAAAGCCGAUUUGAGUCUCAGUGCGGAGAGCAUUGACAGCAUGUAUGGGGCGUCGUCCUCGGCAGUGGUUCAGCACCAGACCCUGAACCGGCUACUUCUCAUCCUGGUUCUGGCCCUAACGACAACGACGACGGUGGCGACGAUGGCGACGGCGACGGGAAUGAUGCGAAAAACCCAGCUGCCAUUGUUGCCACAAACACAGACACAUGUUUGACACAGACGCGAAGUUGACAGCCCUGUGGCCACCCCGAGCAUGGACUACUUGCCGCUAAAUCUGGAACUGAAGUCGAAGCUGAUGCUCCAGCUGAAGCUGGUGCUGGCACUGGAGUCGCAGCACAAAUCUGUGGAGCUGCGAUGAUGAUUGAGUUUGUCAAUGCCAAACGUUACUUGGUGCUGAUUUAUGGCUGCGAUGUGGUCGGGUCGGUCUUUAGUUAAAGUUUGUUUGUCAACCAGAUUAUACAUUACACAUACAUAUACUCGAAGAUAUAUAGUACGAGUAUCAGAACGAUGUUAGCUUUUAAGUCAACCAGGCUUCCUAAAUUUCCCCCGAUGAGACGCGUGCAUGUUGAGCUGUUGAGAAUUCUUUAAAUAUUUUAAGACUUAGCCCUAAUCAUAGUACAAGUAUCCAUUGUAUAAUAUCGAAUAUGCAAAUCAAUUACUGCACAUGUACAUAGAGCAGAGCAAGGGAAUGCAAAGGAAAUUUGUAAGUAUAUAUCUUUAGGACGGGCUAUUAUGUAUUAUAAAAUUUGUAUAAACCAAAAAUGUGUGGGCAUAAUUAAAGAGACUGUAUGUGUGCAAAGUAAUAGUUAAUUGCAAUUUAAUUAAAUCCUAAAGGUGUAUAAUUUAUCAGAAAUAUUAAUAUGAAAUUAGUCUUUAAUGGAAGGAUGGAGAAAGGAUAAAAGCAGACAAGAAAUAUACUUCAAAUAACCAUAAUGAAAAUAUCAACCAAAAGGAAGAGGAAAGAACCUCCGCCAAAUGCUCAAAAAGUUAUCAACAAAAAAUUACCACAAAAAUACAAGCUCAGCAAAAGGCUGUGUUCCAGAAAAUAUCCCCUCCAAAAUGAAUCCAUAGUUAAACUCCUUUAGAACCUUAUCCAAGAGUUUCAACCCCAUUUAAUUCAUAUUUAAAAACAAUGUUUCAAUAAUAAAAAAAAACGCCAUACAUAUCAUUUACUGAAGCAUGCUAAACAUAUUAAAUACUAAUUAAAAACAACAUUUAUCGAUCAUUUUUUGGGCAUACUCGUAUUUGUUUCAAACAAACAAUCAAUACUAUUAAAUCGAAAAACAAAAACGCGUUAUUUACAAAUACAUAUAUAUAUGCAAAAAGAAAAACCAACGGUAAACAGCUUAAAGUGCGCUGCAAAAAUUUAAAGCUCGUGUUAAUCCGACUUUUAAGUGGUAAUGAAUUAUAAUUAAAAUAUUAAAAUUAAGCAGCGUGUAUAUUUCCAGCAAAAAAUUGAAUUGUUAAAAAAAAGAAAAUUGUAUGAGUUACAUUUAGUAUAUUGUCAUAAAAUAUACAUCAUAUAAAUAUAUAUGCAGUAUAUAUAUAUAUGAAUAUCUAAGUAAUGUAAGCAUCACAUGUAAAUGGACAGGAAUAUUUAUAAAAUAAAUAUGAAAAACAAAAAUAAACAUUUAAGCGUUAAGUCAACAAAAGGUGUUGCAUUUUGAAUGGGGCUCCACGAGGAAAACUUUAAUGAUUUGAAGGGGAAUUUCAAAUAACAAACAAGCCCAGAGGAAAGAGCAUCUCUCAAGAUAUAUGGCUAUUUUUUGAAGAUACAACCAAAUGCCACCAGAAAAUGAUGAAAAUUCAAGAGUUUAUAAGUUUAAUUUGUACCUUCAUGAAUCCCCUUCCUGGAAAGUAUCUACUGGUCUCAUUUUGAAACCAUUUUUGGCUCCCAAGAAACCAUUCCCAAGCAGCACCUGUCCUCCACUCCCAAUAGCAUAGCAAUGUUCACACUUAAAUGCCGUUUAUUCUGUGAUAUCCUUCCACCCAACAAUUACAACUUAUAUAACAGGUAACUGAACUCUAAAUUUUUAUUUAUUCGCCUAACGACUUGGCAAAUCAUUUCCAACCCCCACUAAAUGCCCGACUAUUGAGCUGAGAUUUGAUUUUAAAGAGAGCCAGCCCAUCAAAGAAGCGCAUAAAUUACAAGCACACACUUAUACUCUGUGGGUAUAGCUGGACUCUAAAAAAAUCAAAUUAAAAGUGGCAACAAAUUCGGAAUAAAACAAAAAAAAAAUACAAAAAAGCUUUCAUUAGAAGGAACUUUAAGUGCGG